AUGAUAAUGCUAGGGGGGAAGUCCGACCAUAGUGCGCUUUUAAAAACCAUAUUCGAAAUUUAUUCAAAUGAGAAAAAAGCAAAAAUAAAUGUCAAGAUAAUUUACGGUUCCGAAAGCUUAAAUAGCUACAAGCGGGCUAAAGAAUUUUUAAACGAAUUAAUAGAAUUUUUUAAAAAUAUAAUUACAUUUUGUAAAGAAAUAAAGAGAAUAACUUGUGAAAAUGAAAAUAUCACAAGGAAUGAAACGAAUGAAUUGGAGGUUGAACUCCUGGAGUACUUCAGAUCGUACUUAAGGGAAAGGAAAAAAGUGCUUCUUAGGAAAAACGAAGGGAAAGGUUUAUUAAUAAAGCGAAAGGAAACAACAGAUGAGGGGUCUGAGCGGAAUGUGCGGAAUGUGGUGAAUGUGGUGAAUGUGGUGAAUAAUGAACAGAACAGAAUGCAUAACGACAAACAGCUCAGCGAACUGAAUAACGAUCUGUUGGACGCAUUUGGGCGAAACGUGAAAACAUCAUCAGACACGGUUUUUUCCAAUUACGUAGACUGUUACAUUAAGACAAGUAUUAGCACAGUUCACAUUGAUUUUAUAGAUGGAAACGAGUUUGAUCAUUAUUCUUUUUUUGAUAAUUUAGAAUAUUAUGAUUUAAAUAUUUUAUUAUUAUUUGUAAGUACAUCUAAUUAUGGAUCUUUUCCAAAAAAUUGUUAUAAAUUAGAGGAACACUUAAAAGACCUACUUAAAGAUAAUAAAAUAGAAAAUAAUUUAAUGAAAAAUAUUUUUUAUAGCUCUAUCGGGUUUGGGAAUAAACAGUAUGGAACUAAUUACUUUUGUGCUCCUAUUAGUACUUGUGACAGACUUCUUUCCACAUUAGGAGCUAACAAACUAUACAGAACACUUAAAUUGUGUAAUCAAGAAGAUAACGAAGAAAUCAUUUCUGAAUGGAAAUGUAAUCUGUUCAAAAUGCUGAGUUUGUCAAUCUUUUUCUACUGUUUUAAUUAUGCUACAGUGGGAAGACUUGCUCAGCUUUCUAUUGAUAAAACAUACAUGGCGUUAAAGUACUACUUCUCUUUUUUUUGCAGUAGUAAGCAAAAACCAGCUCUUGAGGGUGUACAGGAUGACAAACUAAAAAGAAAAAAAAAAAAAAAAAAAAAAGGAAAAAGAAUGGAAGUAAAUAUGGAAGAAAGAGAAGCAAAUGAAUUAGAAGUUGGAGUGGAUAGAGGAGAACAUAUGCUUACACAGACAUUAGCCCAAACACAACGAAAUAAAUUGCAUAAUAAAACAGAACAGUGUUCGUGCAGCUUUGACAGUGGCAAUGAAAGCAGAAGUGGAAAAAGCAAAAGCAUUAUAUGUUGCGAUGAAAAACGCAUGAACAGUGAAGGAAGUUUGGGUAAUGAAGUCCAUAAUGGAAAUGCAAGUCUUUGUAAUAGUGGUAGUAGCAUUGGCAUUGGCUGUUCUAGCGAUGCAAAUAAUAGUGGGCAUGCCGCUAACAAACGGAAAGGCAUAAGGCAACAGGAUGAGUGCGAUUCAAACAAUUGUGAACAAUCAACUAGAAUCAUAUCGUCGGAAAGUAGGUCCAAUGGGGAAGGGGAAGAGUAUUCAUAUAGUAGCAGCACAGACGUGGGUACUAGUAACAAAACAGCAAUGACAAAUUGCAGCAGUGGAGAUGAAAUGGAAGACUUGGUAUCAGGUGAACCCAAAGAUAUGCUAAGUAUUAAUCAGCGAAAUAAAUUGACAAAGGAAGGAUAUAAAAUUAUAGGAUCACAUAGUGCAGUAAAAUUAUGUAGAUGGACUAAAUCCCAUAUAAGAGGAAGAGGAGGAUGUUAUAAACAUACUUUCUAUGGUAUAAUUUCUUAUCAAUGUAUGGAAGCAACUCCAAGCUUAGCUUGUGCAAAUAAGUGUGUAUUUUGUUGGAGGCAUCAUAAAAACCCAGUUGGCACAAAAUGGAAAUGGAAUAAAGAUAAUGCAGAAAGUAUUGUGGAACAAUCGGUCAAGAAACAUCAAGGUAUGAUAAAAGAAUUAAAAGGAGUUCAAAGUGUAAUAAGUGAAAGAUUUACUAACGGUAUGAAUAUAAGACAUUGUGCUUUAUCAUUAGUUGGUGAACCUAUAAUGUAUCCAGAUAUUAAUAAACUAAUUGAUGAAUUACAUAAAAGAAAAAUAUCAACAUUUCUAGUUACGAAUGCUCAGUUUCCAGAGGAGUUAAAGAAAUUACAUAAAGUAACACAACUAUAUAUAUCAAUAGAUGCACCAAAUAAAGAAGCUUUAAGAAAUAUUGAUAGACCUUUGUUUAAGGACUACUGGGAAAGAUAUAUUACAUGCAUAAAAAUUUUAAAAACUAGAAAAGAAAGAUCAGUAUUUAGAUUUACCCUUGUUAAAGAGUAUAAUAUGAUGGGUGAAGAAAUUUUAGGUUAUUCUAAAUUGAUAGAAUUAGGUUCUCCUGAUUUUAUUGAAAUUAAGGCAGUAACUUAUUGUGGGUCGUCAGAAGGAUAUCAGUUAACUAUGAAAAAUAUUCCUUGGCAUGAAGAGGUAUAUCAGUUCGCUUUUCAUUUAAUAAACUCGAAACAGGUUUUAUCUGACAUAUAUGAAAUAACAUGUGAGCAUAAACACUCUUGUAGUAUAUUAAUAGCAAAACGAGUUUUUAAAAUAAAUAAUAAAUGGUGUACUUGGAUUAACUACGAAAAGUUUCAUCUCCUUGUUAAGGAAAAAAAAGAUUUUACUGCAAUUGAUUAUUGUUUAGAAACACCUUCUUGGGCCCUUAUUGGUGCACCAGAGAGAGGAUUUAAUCCUGCAGAUCAGAGGGUAUAUACUAAAGGGAAGAACAAGGUGAAAAAUGUAAACGUUAAUAUACCGAUAGAAAACGAUGCUUCAAAAGGAGGGGCCCCAUGA